UAAUAAACAAAUGAAGAAUUGAACUUGAAGAGGCACCAAAAAGGCCUCAGGCUCAAAGAACUAGUACAAAGAGCCAAAAACAAACGAAUAAAUCUAUUAUCAUACUGAUCAUUUUCAAUGCUGAAAAAACUACUUCAAAUUUGGUCUUUGUUGCCAUUAAUGACAGGUGGUAAAUGGGUUGUAAUAAUACUGGCCGAGAACUCAAGAAAGAUGAUGAGACGCUGGCCUUGCCAUCUUCUUCUUCAGAUUAUGCGAAACUAUUAGUUGAAUCGCCUAUUCUUUUUUUCGUUCUUUCUCAUAAAGCUGUUGAUGCUGAGCUUGUUCAAAUUCGCCGUGUAGCAGUUGAAGCCUUGGAUAGUGGCGGUGAAGAAGUAGUUGAUGAACUUAACCGGCGGUUUCACUUCUUGAAACUUGUUUAUAAGUACCAUUGCGCUGCUGAAGAUGAGGUCCUUUUUCAAGCACUAGAUGCACAAGUGAAGAAUGUGGUCUUCACAUAUUCACUUGAACACAGUAGUAUAGAUGAACUGUUCAGUUCCAUCUUCGAUUGCUUGGAUCGCUUACAAAAGGAGAAAGAGGAGGCUCCGAAGCUCUUUAAUGAACUUACAUGCAGCAUAGGUUCCAUCCAGACAACAAUUUCUCAGCAUAUGCUGAAAGAAGAGGAGCAGAUUUUUCCAUUGAUGAUGCAGAAGUUCUCUUCCAAAGAGCAAGCUAGGCUUGUUUGGCAAUACCUAUGCAGCGUUCCUCUAAUGAUACUGGAGGAUUUUAUGCCAUGGCUAACAGCUGGUCUUUCUUCAGAUGAAAAGACAGACUUUCUGAAUUUCAUAAAUUUUGUCGCACCUGAAGAGAAACUUAUUCAAGAGGUGUUCAUCUCAUGGCUUGAUGAUAACAAGGAAGCGUCUUUCAGGUCCUGCACAAAAUAUGGAAACGGAGCUAAAUUUCAUUAUGGAAAAGCCAAUAUGAAGUACAUAUUUGAACUGGAAAAGCAGCAGCUGAAUUCUUCAGAAGAACAGAAUCCAAUUGAUGGUUUUCAUAUCUGGCAUGCUGCUAUUACACGAGAUCUAAGAGUAAUUAUGGAGGAACUAUAUCAAUUAAGAAGCUCGCUCUGUGUUUCGACCUUGUUAUCCGUGGUUACACAGUUGAAGUUUUUUGCAGAUGUGUUCACUUUCUACAGCAAUGCUCUGGAUCAAAUCUACUAUCCCUUGGUAGAUCAACUGAACAAGGAAUCCCUUUCUACUUUUCAUGAACAAUUUAUUGAAAGAAGUCAAAUUGAAGAACUGCAGAGAUUGCUAUACUAUAAGCUGCAUGAGGAGAUACAAUUAAGGGUCUUCAUAGAUAUGCUUUGCCAGGAAUUGGAAUCAUUUGUUGGGAAGAUCAACAAAAAGCUGCUGUUUCUAGAAAACGAGGUUUUUGUGUUCAUUAGAGAGACCUUCAGUCAUGAAUUGCAGCUGUGGUUGUUGUACAUGACCCUGCAUGUGUUGCCACUUGGGUUCCUAAAGUGCAUGAUUAUUUGGUUCUCUGCUCAUUUAUCUGAGGAUGAGUCCAAAAUGAUAUUGAACAAUAUAAAGUUGGAAUCUGCUGAUGUUAACAAGUCAUUUUCUACUCUCUUAUAUGAGUGGGUUCGGAUGGGUUAUUCUGGCAAAAUUUCUGUUGAGAAGUUCAGAAAAGAUCUGGAAGAAAUGUUCAGUAGCAGAAGCUAUUUGUUUGAAAAGUGGAGUAAGAACUCAGGAAGUUGUUCCUCGCACUCGGAAAUGCAAUCCUCUGAUAGAUCUAAGACUGCAUUACUGGGACCAAAUUCAGCCAUGACGUUAAGUAAUUUGAGAAAUCAUGAUACACCUUAUUCUAAUGGGAUCAAUCUUCAUAUAUUUUUCUCAGAUUCACUGAAAAACUUAUGCUGCCUUCCUGAAACUGCUGCUGAUGGUAUGGGAUUUUCCAGUCUUGAUGUAAAACCUAUUGACUUCUUCCAUUUCUUCCACAAGGCCCUGAAAAAAGAUUUGCAGUAUGUUCUUUCUGUGUCAGUUAAGUUGACUGAAAAUGUGGGAAUUCUUGCUGAAUUCGAAAGAUGCUUCAAUCACGUACGAUUUCUAUAUCAGCUGCAUAGUAAAUCCGAGGAUGAAAUUGCCUUUCCUGCCUUGGAAUCUAAGGGACAACUCCAAAAUAUCAGCCAUUCAUAUGGAAUUGACCAUAAAUUGGAGGUUGAGCAGUUCGACAAAAUAUCUAUCAUUUUAAGUGAGAUCACCAGUUUGCAAGGUAAUAAGCUGAAAUACAAGAUGUUGUGUUUAAAUCUACAUGAUGCAUGCAUAUCUAUGCAUAAAACACUCACCGAUCACAUCUAUCGUGAAGAAGUUGAACUUUGGCCGCUAUUCAAAGAACAUUUUUCUGUUGAGGAACAAGAAAAUAUUAUCGGAGACAUGCUUGGGAGAACCAAAGCGGAGAGUCUACAAGAAAUGAUCCCCUGGUUGAUGGCAUCUUUGACACCAGAAGAACAGCAAGGCAUUAUGUCGAUCUGGCAAAAAGUCACAAAGAAUACGAAGUUUUUUGAGUGGCUGGGAGAGUGGUGGGAAGGCAUACAGAGAGAUGAGAGUGUAAAUGCAGAGAAGGAAUCAAAGGAUUCUCUUUCAUUGGCUGUUGAUCCUUUAGAAGUUGUUUCUACAUAUUUGUCAAGAGAUGAUUUCAGGAGUUCAAGCAUCUGCCACAAAAAAAGCGAGAACUAUUCACUGACAGAGUCUGCUGAUCAUGAUGUUGAUAAAACCAAGAAUGCCAAGGGGAACAAAAUUGUUGAUCUACCUGGAGGUAUAACACAGCAUUCUACUGAGGUUGACAAGAAGAGAUGCAACGACACGAUUGGCAUGGGUGAUCAGAGAGAGACAACUUGUCAGGAUAUAAAAUUAUGUGAGAAGUCUAGGCAAAAGGAGAACCAUCUAAUGCUGACUCAAGACAAGCUGGUUGAUGUAAUAAGAAGAGUAUCAUGUGACUCCUCGUUGGAUUCUGAAAAGAAAUCAUACCUCAUGCAGAGCUUGCUGAUGAGCCAAUGGAUUUUGACACAGAAGAAAUCUCAUUCAGAGGCUGCUAUUGCAUACGAUAAGGAGAAAAUCAAUGGUCAAUGUCCGUCAUUUCUUGAUAAAACCGAAUCAGUUUUUGGUUGCAAGCAUUACAAGAGGAACUGCAAGCUACUUGCUCCAUGUUGUAAUGAGCUUUUUCCAUGUAUACGGUGUCACGACGAAAUUACUGAUCAUUGUCUGGACAGAAAAUCUAUCACCCAGAUGAUGUGCAUGAAAUGCUUGAAGAUACAACCUAUCUGUCCCAGUUGCUCAACUCUCUCUUGCCACAGUUUCUCCAUGGCUAAAUACUAUUGCAGAAUCUGCAAAGUGUUUGACGACGACAGACAGAUAUACCACUGUCCUUUCUGCAAUUUAUGCCGAUUGGGGAAGGGAUUGGGCAUCGGAUACUUUCAUUGCAUGACCUGCAAUGCUUGCAUGUCAAAGGCUCUCUCUGUUCACACAUGUCGAGAGAAGUUCUUGGAGGAUAACUGUCCAAUCUGCCAUGAGGACAUCUUCACUUCAGCCUCUCCUGUUAAGGCACUUCCUUGUGGUCAUGUGAUGCACUCUACAUGUUUUCUGGACUACACGUACACGCAUUAUACAUGCCCAAUCUGUAGCAAGACACUUGGGGAUGUGAAGGUGCUCUUUGAGGCGUUAGAUGCAUUUAUGUCCGAGGAGAAAAUUCCCGAGGAGUAUGCUGGCCAGAUUCAGGUUCAUUCAAAUCAUGUUACAUACAGGUUAUUUUAUGCAAUGAUUGUCAAAAGAGAGGAACUGCUUCCUUCCACUGGCACUAUCAUAAGUGUUCACAUUGUGGUUCAUAUAACACAAGGCUUAUAUGAUCAAAAUCCAGAGUUUGUGCGAAAAGCUGAUUUUGUGCUCCCUGUCGAGAGGCGGAUCCAUGAUUUUAGGUUUAUGGGUGUUUUGAAUAGAACAGGAUAACAACGUGAUCAGGGAUAGGUUAUUUAUACAUAUUAAGUGGAUUUUCUUCACACAAAUAUAAAAUCUGAGCCAAAACUACUGGUUUAUGGCGAACCCCCAACUUCAGUGAUAGAUCAUCCUGUCCCAGACAGUUGAGAAAGUGUUGCAGAUAUUCACCUUGAAUGCUUGGGAUGCAUGAAGCAGUUCUGUUUUUUCAUAGUCGAUGAAUAAUGUAUAUGCUUCUUUUUCUUCAAUCAUCCUAUGUUAAAUUGCAACGAUUCUUGGGUUCUGAUUCAUCAUCAGUACUAACAGUGAGAAUACUAACUCCUAACAUGGAUAGAUUUUGAGUGAGAUAAUAAAGAAAAGGCUGAAAUAAGUGUCUUUCUUCAUUUUUGUCUAAUGUAUUCCAGACAGUUUUUUCAUAAUUGAGUAAUGAAUUGUAUCAGACUUGAUCUACAUUGAGCAUGAUUGUCUCUUAAAUCCAAACGCCUAUGUAUCCUCUGAUUA